UACAUAUUUACAAGCUGAUAGCUGUCACCUGUCACUUUCAUGUUGUUUAUUAAUCACUAAUCAUACAAAGUCGGUAACGAUAAUUUUCAUUUAAUAUAUAUCUGAAUUGCAUUUUAUUUUGCACGCAAAAUAAUAUUUUUGUUUAUAUAUAACAUGUCAGAUUUUAUAGAGAAUCAAGUUCAAUUAUUGCUUGCCGGACAAGCAUUAGAAAAUGAUGACAUAUGUAAUGUACAUAUUUUGGCGAGUGACACAAUAGCUGCAAAAUCAGGUCAACUAACAGGACAUAUUCCCAUUUGCUCGAAAACAGUGACAUACAUAGUCGCUGCUGUUGUUAUAAAUGAUCAAGGUGAAGUAUUAAUGAUGCAAGAAGCAAAAGCUUCUUGUACUGGAAAAUGGUACUUACCAGCUGGCAGAGUGGAGAAAAACGAAAACCUCAUAAGUGCUGUAAAAAGGGAAGUCUUAGAAGAAACAGGUCUAGUAAUAGCACCAACAACUCUAAUAUUGGUAGAAUGUGCAAAUGGCACAUGGUUUCGCUUUGUAUUUACUGGAGAUAUAGUUGGCGGUGUUCUAAAAACACCUGAUCAAGCAAAUGAGGAAUCCUUACAGGCAUGUUGGAUAAGAAACAUAAAUGAUUUGCCACUAAGGUCUAAUGAUAUUAUAUAUCUCUUAGAUAGAGGUAGAAGUUAUGUUUCAAAUAAAUCUACUUCUCAACAUCCUUAUUUAAUGCCCAUGACCAAACCACAUGCAAAACUAUUGCUGAGAUUAAUAGUUACAUCUAAAAAAAGGGCAACGAACAGAUUGCAUGUGCUUAUAUCUGAUACUGAACAAUAUAAUCCACCAAUUUGUGAAGUCAAUCCAAAUCGUAAUUUACUGUCUACUUUGCAUAACUUUAUGACAGAAAUAUUCGGGAACGAUGUAGCACAACAUAAGCCGCAUGGUUUAUUGUCUGUCGAAUUUAGUGGUGGACAAGGAGGAGACGGUCUAUGUUUGACAUUAUUGGUGUCUUUCAAAUUACCUUUGGAAGAUGUGCCUAUAAUUGGACAAUAUAUUUGGCAUGAACUUUCUGAAAAUGUAGCAGAAGCUCUUGCAGCACGUUUACCGCGGAACAUGACUGUCCCCUUAAAAGUUGUACGUUAAUUGCAUAUAAUUGUUUCAUUAAAUAAUUAUAUUUAUUUAAUGAAAGUAAGCAGUAUAGUAAAGGGCUCAAACAGAAAGAAAGUUUUUCUAAAAUAAUGUUUAUGAUAACAUCGUAGUUACCCUAGUCUAUACCAAUGACUUUAAACAAACAUUAAUAUCCAGUAAAAUAAUCUACAUUCCAUAGUUUUUUAUAUCUAAUA